AUGGUGACGGAAUUACGUAGCCCUUUAGACCCGGAAGUGGUCGGAAGAAGUCCUUCCUGCAACAGGACCGGCAUAAUGGCAGCGGACACGCAGGUUUCAGACACACUGAAGAAGUUUGCUGUGAAAGUGACGACAGCUAGCAUCAGAGAGCGGAAAGAGAUCUUUGGAGACCUGAAACAGUGUCUGAAGAGUAAAGAGUUGCCCGAGCCCGCUGUGAAAGGACUGUGCAAGCUGUUCUGCCUCACCCCGCACAGAUACCGGGAUGCUGUAUCACGCCGCGAGCUGCUCGACGUCAUUGGCCAGCUGGCUGAGAGUCAGCCGGACGUCCUGGUAACCAGCCUCCUGCACUGCCUCCAGAACAGCGGAGUCAUCAGCAAACAUGGCGAGCCCAGUAAAAGCACAGGUUCUGCCGCCUUCAUCGGCUUGUCCUGGACCUGCCUUUUGGUGCCCAAAGUGUUUUCUGUGCCAGAAAAGAGAGAGGGACCUGUGUGGAAGAAGAUGGUGGAGGUUCAGAGCUUUCUGGUAUCCGAGGUGGUGGGUGGAGCCAAGGCCACAGCUACGAAAUCCAUCCUCAAGAACCUCAGCCACCUUUGGGAAGAGAAGCCCGGCCUGGUGGAUCAUUACAUCAGCACACUGCUGACCCUGGAGCAGAGCCCCACCACUCUGGUCCUGCUAGGGGUGUGUCUGGAUUUCUGCACCGCCCAGAAAGACAGAGCGACAAUAGAGAAGCACAAGAGUGCCAUGCUGGAGCUUUACAUCAAAUCGGUUCUCAUGAGCAAGACGAAGCCACAGCAGCACGUUUUGGACAAGAGCAGCUCGCUGCUGCGUCAUGUGACCCACGCCGAGUUCAAGGAGCUGCUGCUGCCCGCCCUGCAGAAGACGAUGCUCCGCAGCCCGGAGAAUGCCAUGCAGACAAUUUCCUGCCUGCUGGCGGCCGUUACUCUGGAUCUGAGUCAGUAUGCUCUGGAUGUAGGAAAAGCCAUCGCAAGCCAGCUGAAGGCCAAUAACGCCCAGCUGAUGGAGGAAGCCGUCCAGGGCAUGCAGAACCUGGCCCAGCAGUGCAGCGACCCCAGUGCUGUGCAGGACGUCGUCACGCACCUCUUUAAGAUUCUCGGAGGAUCUGAGGGGAAGCUCACAGUCGUGGCCCAAAAAAUGAGCGUGUUGUCAGGGAUUUCCAGCUGCAGCCAUCACGCUGUGUCAGGGACCUCCAGCCAGACUCUGAGCUCCGCCGUCACUGUGAUGUUUGUUCCAUACUUACAACAAGAAGUCCACGAGGGAACCCUGGUGCAUGCCGUGUCUGUGCUCUCUCAGUGGAGCAGCCGCCUCACUGUGGAAGUUCCCGCCGCUCUGCUGGAUUGGCUGAAAAAGGCUUUUACUCUGAAGACCUCCACCUCUCUGGUCCGGCACGCCUACCUGCAGGCCAUGCUGGGGGCCUUCAAAGGUGACACUUUAGCCCAAGCCUCAGACCUCAUGGCCCUGCUCAUCCAGGUGGUUGAGAAAGCAGUGGCCCAGAACUCUCAGCAUGCUUUGCUGGCGGAGGGUGCAGUGGCCUCGGUUCUUCUCAGUCGAUUGGCUCUGCUGGAGACGCAAACCGAGACUAAAUUCACCAGCUUCUGGAACCUGAUUUUGGAUGAAAAGAAGCCGCUAUUCACCACAGAGAAGUUCCUCUCCCAGGCCAGCGAAGAGACUCUGCUCACAGUGUUGAUGCUCUGUGAAAGGCUGUUUCUGGACCAUUCCCACAGACUGACCGCUAGCAAGUCACAGAUGUACCAUCACGCCACGGUGGCCAUUUUGCUGUCUCGGAGCUGGCGUGUGAGGAAGCGGGCGCAGCAGACUGUCCGCAAGCUGCUCUCCUCCCUGGGUGGAUCCAGCCUGGCCCACGGCCUCCUGGGAGAACUGCGGGUGGUCCUCAACAAACACAAAGUUGUGCCCCAGGACACCCUGGUUUCAGAGUCCGGAGAGCUGACUGAGCUGGGUCGGGGCUACGUUACCCCUCGAGUCCUACUAGACGCGCUGUGCGCCAUCUGCUCCUCAGCCAGCCAGUGGGGAGACCCGAUGGAGGCUGAGAGCCUGGCCAUGGACAUCCUCAUAGUCACCCAUCACCCCUCCAUCGUUAUAGCUCGCCGGGGGCUCUGGCCUCUGCUGCUUUCCUCCAUGAACAUAACGGCAGAAGAAUUCAUCGAAAAGAAUCUGGAGGCCAUUUUGCCACAUCUGCUGGAGGUCAAUUCUGACAGCCAGGCGGUGAAAAAUGCAGUCGGUGCCCUCUGUGGGCUCUCCCCCAACAAGCUGCUGCCGCGGGUGGUCAGCCACGUCAUCGAGGGGCUCUCCCAGCCCGCCCUGCUCCAGGUCACCAGGGAAGAAUAUGACAUCAUGCAGACGCCAGAGGGGGAGCUGUAUGACAACAGCAUCAUCCAGAGUGCUCAGAAGGAAAACACCAAGAAGGUCAACAUGAAGAGGGAGAAUAAGGCCUAUUCCUACAAGGAGCAGAUCAUUGAGCUGGAGUUACAGGAGGAGUUAAAGAAGAAAAAAGGCAUCAAAGAUGAGGUGCAGCUAACCAGCAAGCAGAAGGAAAUGAUGCAAAUCCAGCUGGAAAAAGAGUCUGCCACUCGCAAGAGACUUCAAGGGAUGGACAUGGAGCUGCAGAGCAUGCUCGGCCUGCUGAAAGCCAUCCUGAAAGAGAGGCCGGCUCAGGUCACCAGAGAGCUCCCAGCCGUCCUCCAGGUGCUGCUGCCCCUGCUGCGCUCCCCUCUGGCCGCCCCGCGAGUCCAGCAGGUCUUCCUGGACGUCGGGGUCAGCCUCAUGCCCAGCCACCUACACCAUCUGGCUGUCCUGGUGGGCCAUGUGACUUUGCGGUUGCUGAAGCCUGAGUGUGAGCUAGACCUUGCCUGGGAGCAGGAGGACCUGGACACGGCAGCCCACCGCACAGUACUGCUGCUGUACAACUACACCGUCCCUCAGAGAGAGGGCAAGACCGGAGAUGUGGCUCCACUGUCGGCCCCAGCCUUCUCCUUCUGCUUCCCUCUGCUGAACGCCACGCUCAGGGACUCCUCAGGGAGCACAGAGGAGGCGGAGAACCUGAUGAUCCGCACGCUGCAGGUCGUCAACGAACACUGCCAGCUGCGGGCCAGCACAGAAAGCGACGACCUCACGAUAGACGAGAACGGCCCAGAGCUGCUCCCUCGUGUCAACAUGCUGCUGCUGCUAACCAGGAUCAUCUCCACAUCUACACCUAGACUGCAGGUGUUGGCCUCUCAGUGCCUCACAGCGCUGUGUGCCAGCGCCGGCGGAGGAGACGGCUGCACCUUCGCAGAGCAGCAGGAGAUCGACGUCCUACUCAAUGCCCUGCUGUCACCCUGCUUCUCCGUCAGGGACGCCGCCCUCAGGGGUUUGUUGGAAAUGGAGUUUGCGCUGCCAACAGACAGCACAGAGGCCAGCGGAAUGAGCCUGCUUCGGAGGCUUUGGGUUGCCAGGUUUGAUGUUGAGGCAGAAGGACGAGCCUUGGCUGAAAAACUCUGGGAGUCCCUGGGUCUGGAGCUUGUCCCCGAGCUCUGCCCUCUGCUGAUUGGAGACAUCACUCACCACGAAGAGGCCAUCCGGUCAGCGGCCGCAGAGGCUAUGUCGAGCGCCGUGUCCCAGUACACAGAUCAGUCGGCGUCAGUGCUUGCCCAGCUGACCGAGCUCUAUCAUCAGAAGCUUUAUAGGCCGCCCCCAGUGCUGGAUGCCCUCGGCAGAGUGAUCUCUGAAGCUCCCCCCGAUCAGUGGGAGGCCAGGUGUGGCAUCGCUCUGGCUCUGAACCAGCUCUCGCAGUACCUGAGCGAGUCUCAGGUCACGCCUCUCUUCCUGUUCUUCGUCCCCGACGCCCUGAACGACCGCCACGCCGAAGUGCGGCGCUGUAUGCUGGACGCCGCCCUCUCAGCGCUCAACACGCAUGGAAAGGACAACGUGAGCUCCCUGCUGCCUGUGUUCGAGGAGUUUCUGAAGAACGCCCCGCAGGACGCCAGCUACGACGCAGUCCGUCAGAGCGUUGUCAUUCUCAUGGGAUCCCUAGCCAAGCAUCUGGACAAAAACGACCCCAAAGUCAAACCCAUUGUGGCCAAGCUCAUCACUGCCCUGUCUACACCCUCACAGCAGGUCCAGGAGUCUGUUGCCGGCUGCCUGCCUCCUUUGGUCCCGGCCAUCAAAGAGGACGCGGCAGGAAUUGUGCGAAACCUCCUGCAGCUGUUGCUUGAGAGCGACAAAUAUGCAGAGAGGAAGGGGGCGGCGUACGGGCUGGCUGGACUGGUCAAAGGCCUGGGCAUACUGGCCCUCAAGCAGCAGGAAAUCAUGACCACGCUGACCGAUGCCAUCCAAGACAAGAAGAACUUCAGAAGGAGAGAAGGAGCCCUGUUUGCCUUUGAGAUGCUGUGCAACAUGCUGGGGAAGCUGUUCGAGCCGUACGUGGUGCACGUGCUGCCGCACCUCCUGCUGUGCUUCGGAGAUGGAAACCAGUAUGUCCGAGAGGCUGCAGAUGACUGUGCCAAAGCUGUGAUGAGGAACCUGAGUGCCCACGGGGUGAAACUGGUCCUCCCCUCCCUGCUGGUGGCACUGGAGGAAGAGUCAUGGAGGACGAAAGCAGGCUCAGUGGAGCUGUUGGGCGCCAUGGCUUUCUGCGCUCCCAAGCAGCUGUCCUCCUGCCUUCCCAGCAUCGUUCCCAAGCUGACGGAGGUGCUGACCGACUCCCAUGUGAAGGUGCAGAAGGCCGGCCAGCAGGCCCUCCGACAGAUCGGCUCCGUCAUCCGCAACCCCGAAAUCCUGGCCAUCACUCCUAUCCUGUUGGAUGCCCUGACGGAUCCAUCCAAGAAGACUUCGACUUGUCUGCAGACACUGCUGGACACCAAGUUUGUGCACUUCAUCGAUGCCCCCUCCCUGGCCCUCAUCAUGCCCAUCGUCCAGAGAGCCUUCCAAGAUCGCUCCACCGACACCCGCAAGAUGGCCGCUCAGAUCAUCGGGAACAUGUACUCUCUGACGGACCAGAAGGAUUUGUCACCGUACCUGCCGAGUGUCAUUCCUGGACUGAAGACCUCCCUGCUGGACCCUGUUCCUGAGGUCCGAACAGUCUCGGCCAAGGCUCUAGGCGCCAUGGUGAAGGGGAUGGGCGAGUCCUGCUUCGACGACCUGCUGCCUUGGCUCAUGGAGACGCUGGCGUCCGAGCAGAGCUCCGUGGACCGCUCCGGCGCCGCACAGGGGCUGGCUGAGGUCAUGGCCGGGCUGGGAGUGGAGAAGCUGGACAAGCUGAUGCCUGACGUGGUGCAGACUGCCAGCAAGGUGGACAUUGCGUCGCACGUCAGAGACGGCUACAUCAUGAUGUUCAUCUACCUGCCGCUCACCUUUGGAGACAAGUUCACCCCCUACGUCGGGCCCAUCAUCCCCUGCAUCCUCAAGGCUUUGGCCGACGAGAACGAGUAUGUCAGAGACACGGCACUGCGAGCCGGCCAGCGGAUCAUCAGCAUGUAUGCAGAGACGGCCAUCGCCCUGCUGCUCCCCGAGCUGGAGCAGGGCCUGUUCGACGACCUGUGGAGGAUCAGGUUCAGCUCGGUGCAGCUGCUGGGAGACCUGCUGUUCCACAUCUCCGGGGUAACGGGCAAAAUGACCACAGAAACCGCCUCCGAGGACGACAACUUUGGAACGGCCGCAUCCAAUAAAGCCAUCAUUUCUGCUCUGGGCGCCGAGCGGCGUAACCGCGUGCUCUCAGGCCUCUACAUGGGCCGCUCAGACACCCAGCUGGUGGUUCGACAGGCCUCCCUCCACGUGUGGAAGAUUGUUGUGUCCAACACCCCCAGAACUCUGAGGGAGAUCCUCCCAACGCUCUUCUCUCUGCUGCUUGGCUUCCUGGCCUCUACCUGCCCCGACAAGAGAACGAUCGCUGCUCGGACACUGGGGGACCUGGUGAGGAAGCUCGGAGAGAAGAUCCUCCCCGAGAUCAUUCCCAUCCUGGAGGAAGGGCUGCGGUCAGACAAGAGCGACGAGAGACAGGGCGUCUGCAUCGGCCUGAGCGAGAUCAUGAAGUCCACCAGCAAAGAUGCGGUGCUCGUCUUCUCCGAGUCCCUGGUCCCCACUGUGAGGAAAGCUCUCUGUGACCCUCUGGAGGAGGUCAGAGAGGCGGCAGCCAAAACCUUUGAGCAGCUGCACGCCACCAUCGGUCACCAGGCACUGGACGACAUCCUGCCCACCCUGCUCAAGCAGCUGGACGACCAGGAGACGGCCGAGUUCGCUCUGGACGGCCUGAAGCAGGUCAUGGCGGUGAAGAGCCGCUCCGUGCUGCCGUAUUUGGUGCCAAAGCUCACCUCUCCUCCAGUGAACACCCGCGUGUUGGCCUUCCUGUCAGCCGUGGCUGGGGACGCCCUGACUCGCCACCUCGGGGUCAUCCUGCCCGCCCUGCUCUCCUCGCUGAAAGGAAAACUGGGAACAGAGGAAGAAGCACAGGAGUUGUGCAGCUGCCAGACGGUGAUCCUCUCUGUGGAGGAUGAGGUGGGCCAGCGCAUCAUCAUCGAAGACCUGCUGGAGGCAACGCGAGGAAGCGACCCGGGCCUCCGACAGGCCGCCGCCACCAUCCUCAACGCCUACUUCGCUCGCACCCGGCUGGACUACAGCAUGCACACACGCACGCUGCUUUCAGGCCUUAUCCGGCUCCUGAAUGACUCCAACCCAGAUGUGUUGUCUCAGAGCUGGGACACCAUCAACUCCAUCACCAAGAAACUGGACGCCAGCAGCCAGCUGGCUCUGAUCGACGACCUGCAUCGAGACAUUCGGUCAGUGGCUGCAGAUGUGAGGGGUCAGCACCUGCCGGGCUUCUGCCUGCCCAAAAAGGGGGUGACCUGCAUCCUGCCCGUCCUCAGAGAGGGCGUCCUGACCGGAAGCCCCGAGCAGAAAGAAGAGGCGGCCAAAGCCUUAGGAGGAGUCAUCAAGCUAACCUCUCCCGAGGCUCUGCGCCCCUCAGUCGUCAACAUCACUGGACCCCUGAUUCGAAUCCUGGGAGACCGCUUUGCUUGGACUGUGAAGACCGCCCUGCUGGAGACUCUCACACUGCUGCUGGCUAAGGUGGGAAUCGCCCUGAAGCCCUUCCUGCCGCAGCUGCAAACCACCUUCCUGAAGGCCCUGCAGGACUCCAGCCGGGCGGUGAGGCUGAGGGCCGCCGAGGCUCUGGGUCAGCUGGUUUCCAUCCACGCUAAGGUGGACCCGCUCUUCACAGAGCAGCUCUCCGCCAUCCGCAACGCUGAAGACUCAGGAGUCAGGGAGACUAUGCUCCAAGCCUUGCGCUUUGUCAUCCAGGGGGCCGGGUCCAAGGUGGACCCAGCCAUUCGCAAGAACAUCACCACCACAUUGCUAGGCAUGCUGGGACACGACGAGGAUGCAACCCGCUUGGCCUCAGCUGGCUGUGUUGGGGAGUUGUGUGCCUUCCUGUCUGAGGAGGAGCUAAAGAGCGUGUUGCUUCAGCACGUCUUAGCCGAUGUGUCUGGUGUGGACUGGAUGGUGCGUCACGGCCGCAGUUUGACUCUGGCCAUCGCUGUCAAGUCUGCUCCCGAGAAGCUGUGUGGGAAGGAGUACUGCGACACUGUGACUGAGGCCGUUUUAGCCAACGCCACAGCCGACAGGAUUCCCAUUGCUACCAGUGGGAUCCGAGCUAUGGGAUACCUAAUGAGGCAUCAUCUGAAAACAGAGGGAGCCGGCAGUGUUUCACAGCGCUUCAUCACGCAGUUUGUGAAGUGUCUUCAGAACCAGUCAAGUGACAUCAGGCUGGUGUCGGAGCGGGUGCUGUGGUGGGUGUUCAGAGAGCCGUCGCCCCCCUCCAUGGAGCUGGGCCUCAUCAAGCCGCUGCUGAAGAGCCUGCUGGACAACACCAAGGACAAAAACACCACCGUCCGAGCCCAGAGCGAGCACACCAUCGUCAACCUGCUGCGGCUCCGCGAAGGCGAGGAAACCAUGCAGGGAAUCACUGCCAUCCUGGACUCUGCCAGCAACGACCUGCUGUCAGAUUGCCACCGCCGGUCGCUGAAGAAAAUCGCCAGCAUGCAAGACUCCAACGAGGAAAUCGAUGACACCAUCUUAACAUGAGGAAACAGGGACUUGAAAAGAAUAUUAAAUCUGCCAAGAAAGGUCAAGAAGAGCUUGACUGACUAACAUUUCCUCAGUAUGAGAGCCCAAAACGCUCAUCACACAUGCUCCCAUUGCCCUGCACGAGCAGAGGCUGAGAUGGGUUGUUCUGACGGAUGGUCACACAUACUGUAUUAAUUACAGCGUUUUUUUUCCUCUUUUUUUUCUCCCUCUUAGUUUACAUUUCAUUAUUUUAGCGGCCUUUGAUCCCAGUUUCUUACUCAUUUCUUUUACCUUGCGAUGUGCAGGGCUCUCUCCUGCACAACCCUCCAUUAGGAAGACGCAAAGCCAAAUCCGUUUGAUAUCUAAGUGUUUUACUACUUAUUUUACCAAAACGAUUUCAAGCACGCAACAUGCCCCUGAAAUUGACCGGCACCCCUGUCUUUAACUUUUAUUUGGACUUUGUAUGUGUGAGAGAGUGUCGUUUUUGGGGAAAGCAAACUCUCAUCGGAAGACAAAUCAUUCUUAUCUGUGAUUUGAAAAAAAGAGUUGUAAAAAGGCAAAAUGAAAUAAAAAAAAACAACUUGAUUUCUUGA